AACGGAAAACAACUUGUGACAAAAAAAGAGGAUCUUCAAGUUUUUUGAUGAUGUUAUUUCACGAACGGCGUGCUUGAACCCACCUUUAUCUUUCAACUGUCAUGUAGUAACAAUGAAUGUACUUCCUUUCCACUAUUUUGAUGGAUAGAGAUACUCAUAAAUUAUACUCUAAUACAAUUAUUUAUCCUCGAAUCAAAAUUUCAUUUGGGUGGCUCUAAAUUGCUCUUUACUGCACUGAUUCUGAUAUUUCUAACUCCAUAGAAUCAUGGGCUCCACAAAAUUUGUCACCUUUUUCUUCCCCCUAUUUUUAUGGGGCCCUUUGCUUCAGCGCACCAGCAGUGCAUGGUAGGAUACCCUUAACGAGUUUGAGUAAUUUCUUUCCAUGGAGAAAAACUCUGUUGAUUAUAGUCCUUUGCUUUCUCCUAGAGAAGUUGAAACUACCAGAAAGCCUUCUUCUUUUGUGUCAGCUACAAAAUGGACUCUCAAGAGUUUGAUUUGUGUGAUCUUCAUUGCAUGGGCAGCUUUUAUUUUUCUAUUCCCUUCAGAGCCUGGGCAUGAAUUGUUUUCAAAAUGGAUUGAUCUCACCAGUGGAACCUGUCUUGGAAUCACAGGAAGCAUUUUUUUUAUCUUCAGUGCCCCAGUUCUCAUAAUUGCAUUCCUUGCAAUUGCACACUUAAUGAUUACUGGGGAGGAUCAGUUUCAUGAGAAGAAGAAUGUCAAGUUUCCAAGGUUCAGGCUAUGGACAUUUCCUGUGAUUGUGAAUGGACCAUUCGGGGUUGUUUCUGCUACAGAGUUAAUUGGGAUUGUCCUCUUUUCGCUCUAUGUUAUAUGUGCUGUCUAUGCUUACACUAUGGGAGCUCUUGGAAUGAUCUCUGAAGCUGAGGGAUCAUCUUUUAAAGCCAAGAGCAUGUUCAUGUUGGAAAUUAUGGGACUUCGCUUGGGUUCAAUUGGAUUGUUUUGUAUUGCAUUUUUAUUUCUCCCAGUUUCAAGGGGAUCUGUUCUUCUCCGUUAUAUAGAUAUCCCCUUUGAACAUGCUACAAGAUAUCACGUAUGGCUGGGACACCUCACAAUGGCGAUUUUUACUCUCCAUGGACUCUUCUAUGUUAUUGCAUGGGCAAUGGAUGGCCGCCUUGGACCUGAAUUAAUGGAAUGGAAAGAUAUUGGCGUUGCCAAUCUCCCGGGAGUUAUCAGCCUUCUAGCCGGUUUGUUGAUGUGGGUGACCUCUCUUCCGGGAGUGCGAACGUGGAAUUUUGAGUUGUUUUUCUACACACACCAAUUAUAUAUAGUGUUUGUUGUCUUUUUGGCUUUGCAUGUUGGUGACUUUAUUUUCACUAUGGCUGCUGGAGGAAUAUUUCUUUUUGUGCUUGAUCGAUUUCUGAGGUUCUGCCAAUCAAGAAGGAAAGUUAAUGUAAUCUCAUCCAGGUGCCUUCCAUGUGGCACUGUGGAAUUGGUUCUGUCAAAACCUCAAAAUUUGAGAUACAAUGCCUUAAGUUUCAUUUUCCUUCAAGUCCGAGAACUAUCAUGGCUGCAGUGGCAUCCAUUCAGUGUUUCUUCUAGCCCUUUGGAUGGAAAGCAUCAUCUUGCUGUUCUCGUAAAAGUUCUUGGAAAAUGGACAGCAAGAUUGAGAGAUAGGAUUACUGAUUUUGAUGCACUAAGAGAUUCAUCUGUGAUAACAGCUUCGGUUGAGGGGCCAUAUGGACAUGAAGUGCCAUACCACUUAAUGUACGAAAAUCUUAUAUUAGUGGCUGGUGGCAUUGGACUUUCUCCCUUCCUUGCUAUAUUGAGUGAUAUUCUUCACCGUGUUAGGGAGGGGAAACCAUGUCGACCGAGAAAUAUUUUAGUUGUUUGGGCAGUGAAAAAAUCAGAUGAGCUUCCACUUCUUUCAACCAUUGACAUGGAAACAAUCUGUCCAUCCUUUUCAGAGAGAGUGAACAUUGAUAUUCAUAUUUAUGUCACUCGAGAAUCAUUUGCUCCUGUGGAAGAGGGAUACAUUUACAAAACAAUAAAAUCUUCAUUCUGCCCUGUGCCUAGCGAUUAUGGCAUGUCUGUUUUGGUUGGUACUGGAGACAAUUUUUGGUCUGGACUAUAUGUCAUCUCAUCUACCGUUGGGUUUGUGAUCUUACUGGGUUUGUUGUAUAUUUACUAUAUAAACCCAUAUCACAUCGAAAUAUGGUGGUACAAAGGGCUACUAUUUGUAAUCUGCAUGCUUGCAAGUGUUGUUAUCUUUGGUGGUUUAGUGGUUGGAUUGUGGCAUGUUUGGGAAAAGAAAAGUUCUAUGAAGGAUAAGUCCAACAGUAUGCAGGCUGAUAAGAUUCCGCAAAAUGGCUCGUUGGCUCCCAAGGAUCCAAGUCAAGACAAAAUUGAAAAGUCAACAGUCAUUCGUUAUGGUUUCAGGCCAGACUUUAAGGAAAUCUUUGAAUUGAGGUCAGAGAAAUGGGGCCAUGUUGAUGUUGGUGUCAUAGUUUGUGGCCCUCCAACACUUCAGGGAAGUGUUGCUGAAGAAAUCAGGUCACACAGUUUAACAAGACAACGCCAUCAUCCCAUUUUCCAUUUCCACAGUCACAGCUUUGAUCUCUAGCUCCCCAAUGGCAAGAUGGAAUAUAUAUAUAUAUAUAUAUAUAGCAGUAAUCCAAUAUAAGAUGCUAUAAUCCUUAGAAGGAAUUCUAAGGUGGAUAAUACAUAUAAUAUAUGUGAAUAUGCUACCAUUAGACAUAUUUAUAUGCAAUUUCAGCUUCAGAGUUGUAUAUAUACUUGUUUUAGUUAACAAUGUUAUUCCUCGAUUUUCGAUCCUUCCUUGUAUAUUUCAUUUCUCAAGAGUGUAAAUGUCUCUAUUUUAUCAUAAAUCUUAACUGCUAAGUGUAAACUAUUUUUUUCUUUUCUUUUCUUUUCUUUUCUUUUAUAUGUAAGCAUAUACUAUUUUAAUUAGUUUAUAGUAGGUGCUUGUAUUUUAUGGUUCUGUAUUUGGAUCCUUUAUUUAAUUAAUUUCACCAAACAAUCAUUAUAU